AUGAGUCCUGAACCUGAGCCCGAAUAUCGGCGCAGUACCUCAUUGCCUGAAACGGAGCCGAAAGGCGAAAAAACGAUUGCCGAACCCCUUCCGGAGUGGUCGAAAGCCAUCAAAGAGUGGGGAGUCGCAUGGGAGUUUCACCAGUACGGUCUGGGUGCAGUUUACGCCUUACUAUUCUUUCUGAUAUCAAUGUGGCUAUGGAAACGUAUAAGACGAGUGCUUACCGGUAACCAGGGCAACAAAGUACCUAUUAUUGUUUUAAGUCUUCUUGGCUUUUUCUGUUUUACCAGAAGUUUGUGUCUUUGCAUUGAUGCUUACCACUGGAGAAAAAUCACCCCGGUGGCUUUUGUUAAUGUUCUCUGGGGUAUUGGCCAACCCUGUCUCAUCGCGGCUUACACCUUGGUCUUCAUUGUAAUGCGAAACGCUCUAACGCUCAAGCAGCAUUUUCAACAGUGGUACAACACAAGGAACAUAGCAAUAGCCACUCUACCGUAUUUUAUCUUUGCGCUAGCCGCAGAGCUCACUUUGUUAUUCGUACCUGCGUACAAAGGCCUCGCUUUUACUUGUCAGCUUUUGUACAUCUUGUUCGGCGUUUCUCUAACAGUAUUCUACGCCAUAAUAUCCGUUUUGCUCUGGAGAAGGCUCUCCAUCUCCAAAAAUAAAUGGGCAACGGACACGGCACGGGCCCGCGGCAAACGCACUCGAGCAAUCUUACGAACGUGUAUUGCAGCCGCGUUUGGCGGUCUCAGCAUCUGUGCCAUGCAAUUCUACGCCAUGACUAGCGUGUACGGCGUGUUUUCGAAUGCACGAAGCGUACCUGCUUGGCCGUGGUGGGCGUUCCAAACGACCUUUCGAGUGAUUGAGAUUUGCAUGGUAGCAAUUCUCUGCUACGCUGUAAAUGACAGAGGAGUGGAUGCGAAGAAAGGCGAAAUAGCACCUUCNAUUGCCGAACCCCUUCCGGAGUGGUCGAAAGCCAUCAAAGAGUGGGGAGUCGCAUGGGAGUUUCACCAGUACGGCCUGGGUGCAGUUUACGCCUUACUAUUCUUUCUGAUAUCAAUGUGGCUAUGGAAACGUAUAAGACGAGUGCUUACCGGUAACCAGGGCAACAAAGUACCUAUUAUUGUUUUAAGUCUUCUUGGCUUUUUCUGUUUUACCAGAAGUUUGUGUCUUUGCAUUGAUGCUUACCACUGGAGAAAAAUCACCCCGGUGGCUUUUGUUAAUGUUCUCUGGGGUAUUGGCCAACCCUGUCUCAUCGCGGCUUACACCUUGGUCUUCAUUGUAAUGCGAAACGCUCUAACGCUCAAGCAGCAUUUUCAACAGUGGUACAACACAAGGAACAUAGCAAUAGCCACUCUACCGUAUUUUAUCUUUGCGCUAGCCGCAGAGCUCACUUUGUUAUUCGUACCUGCGUACAAAGGCCUCGCUUUUACUUGUCAGCUUUUGUACAUCUUGUUCGGCGUUUCUCUAACAGUAUUCUACGCCAUAAUAUCCGUUUUGCUCUGGAGAAGGCUCUCCAUCUCCAAAAAUAAAUGGGCAACGGACACGGCACGAGCCCGCGGCAAACGCACUCGAGCAAUCUUACGAACGUGUAUUGCAGCCGCGUUUGGCGGUCUCAGCAUCUGUGCCAUGCAAUUCUACGCCAUGACUGGCGUGUACGGCGUGUUUUCGGAUGCACGAAGCGUACCUGCUUGGCCGUGGUGGGCGUUCCAAACGACCUUUCGAGUGACUGAGAUUUGCAUGGUAGCAAUUCUCUGCUACGCUGUAAAUGACAGAGGAGUGGAUGCAAAGAAAGGUGAAAUAGCACCUUCAAGUAUUGUCUCAUAG